AUGGCGUACGAAUACACGAAAAUCGCAGAUCUCGCAGCGUACCGAAAACCGGCACCUCAUUUAUACGGAAAAAUUGUUUUUUUGGCAAAAUACGGCGAACAAGAUUUGCUUUUAUUAAGAGACGAAACUGGAUCGAUUUUCGUAUUUGUGACACCAAUAGAAUCCGAUGAACCUCUCCGAUUUGAAAUGAAUCAAAUCGUCAGAAUUCACAGAGCAAUGGUGAAAAGGUUACCGUUGAAGAAUGUGGACGCACAGGUCGGAAAGAUGGGCUGCAGUAUAGUGGUCUGGCCACCGAAUGGUUGUCAAGGGAAGCCAAGUUCAGUAAGCUCGAAGACAUGGACGAGGAGUGAAGGGGAUCAGGAUAGAAUCAACGAGCUGAGUGCACUCAAAUGGGGAUCUGGUACGAAGAUGACAACAGCUGACGAUAUGGCGGAUUAUAUGAUCGAAAAAAAAGACACGAAAAAAAUCAGAGAUACUGUGGACAAGAUUUGGGCCGAAACGCAUGCCAGAUUUCAAAUGCAGCUGGCUAAAAAGACACGUGGAUUAUUCUGGACACCGCAAGGGGCUGAAGUGAAAGCUCCCCAAUUAGAAUACGAAAUCGUCAAAUCGUUCUUCCACCCCACUCAGAUGACAUUCAAGUCAUUCUUCCAAUUAGUGAUCGUUUGUCCGAAAUGUUCCGAAAAAAAGAAAGUGAUCAAGUACACUGAAAAUGGGAAAGCAAAAUGGUGUCCGACAUGUAAAGAGUCGAUUCAACUUGUGGUGGGCAUGAGAGUUCCGGUGGAUGUUCUGCCGAACUAUACGAUUGUUUUGACGAUUCCAGUGAAAAUUAUUCAAACCGACGCAUUGGAGUCUUGUGAAAAUGACGUCAUUGAGUGUUUCGAUAGAACUGCAGACAGAGAAACUUUCGGACGAGUCAAAAAGUUUCAAAGAUCUCUGCAGACAUUUCUCAACGGAUGCACACUCAAAAAUAUCGAAGGCAUUGUCGUGACGAAAUCGGUUCCAUUGAAAGCAUGCAUUAUUUAUGUGAAUGAUUGUCUAAUCUCAUUCGAAUGA